CGAGGGGUUCAUGAAGUGGAAGCUGGAUAUAUUUUUGAUAAGCGCCGAAAGUUAAGCCCGUCACAGACACAAAAUUGGACUAGAGUUGUAACCUUCAAUUGGGUUUUUAGAAAUAAUUCAGAAAUGGAAAUAGAGAGGGGGAGGGAGAGAGAGAGAGACAAGAUAGUGGUUUUGAAAAAACACAAUAAUUGUUCUUGUGGAGAUGAAUUUUGCUUCUUAACCCAAUUGAUGCUGCAUAGGUGGAGGGUUGAUGUGCAUGUUACUUUGAAGUGCUUCAGGCAAAUACACAAUUAAUGUCUCGGAUCAUUUUUAGUUCUUCAUUAAUUUUACAUCAGUUAUAUCCAACUUCAAGGCGGAUUGCUAAAUUGACUGUAACUGAAACCAGUAAUCCUGGAAUAUCGUUUGAGUCGAUGAUAAUAAAACCUCCCUCACAUCCUACAUAUGACUUGAAGGGUGUUAUCAAGCUAGCCCUGGCUGAAGAUGCCAGGGAUCGAGGAGAUGUGACUUGUUUAGCUACUAUUCCUUUUGACAUGGAAGUUGAAGCCCGUUUCUUGGCAAAGGAGGACGGCAUCAUUGCUGGAAUUUCACUUGCAGAGAUCAUAUUUCAUGAGGUUGAUCCCUCGCUAAAGGUGGAGCGGUCUCGAAAAGAUGGAGAUUGUGUUCGGAAAGGACUGCAAUUUGGAAAAAGUCUCUGUUUUUAUCAUAUUCUUGUUGUUGCUGAAAGAUUAGUGCUAAAUUUUGUGUAGCAGAUGAGCGGAAUAGCAACUGUGACCAAGACAAUGUUUGAUGCAUCGCACCCAGUGUGCAUUUUAGAUACACGAAAAAUUGCUCCAGGUUUACAUUUGGUUGAUAAGUGGGUGGUGCUAAUUGGUGGAGGUUGGAAUCACAGAAUGGGUUUAUUUGAUAUGGUUAAGAAGAAAGAUAAUCAUAUGUCAAUAGCUGGAGGUAUCAUAAAAGCCAUCAAAUCUGUUGAUCAGUAGUUAGAACAAUGAAACAUUCAUAUGGAGGUUGAGGUUGAGACAAGGACUCUCAAGGAAGUAGAUGAGGUGCUACGUUAUACAUCUCAAGCAAAGUCAUCCUUUACCCGUGUAAUGCUAGAUGAAAUGGUUGUACCACUGCCAAAUGGUGAUGUUGAUGUAUCUGUGCUCAAAGAUGCUGUGGAGAUGAUCAAUGGGAGAUUUGAGACCGAGGUAGCACUUACUAUCAGCUAUGCUUUAUUUCCCUACUCGGUAUGUGGUAUUUUAGUUUAAUCUGAGGAAUUUUAAUUAUAUCUAAUUUCCCGGGGGGCACUUUUAUUAAAUUUAACAUGUCUUGUGAGGACACAACUCGUGUCUUUGUUCAACAGUCAUGUAGAAAUCUGUGCAAAACUUCCCAUUAUUUACGUGAUAGAUAUACUUGACUGUGAGGUUGUUGUGUACUUCUGUCAAUAAAUUAGCAUCUCGUUAUAAUUUGUAAUAAUCGUUUUGCUUCUUA